AUGCCCUCCUCCUUCGGUCGGCGUCGCGGCCCCUUCCCCGGGGCCCCGCCCCAGGAAGGUGUCGGUGGACUCAGUGAGCUCAACAAUGACGCGUUCGAAGAUGAGGAUACCCCAAAGGAAACCGAAUACUACGACCGCCUGGGCCUCGCCCCCCGACCUCCCCCGACCUCAGCCCAAAUUCGUUCCGCUUAUCGCCAUCUGACUCUCACCUUCCACCCGGAUAAGCAGCCUCCACACCUUCGCGAAGCUGCCGAGCGAGCAUUCAACCAGAUCAAAGUAGCAUAUGACGUCCUGAGCGACCCCCACAAGCGCACGGUCUAUGACCUGGAGGGUGCCGCUGCCGUCAAGCGAGAAUGGGGCCUGAGUGGUAUCUUCGGACCUGGUGGAGAGGCCGAGAGUGACGAAAUCGGCGUGAAGGCUAUGUCGCCCGAACAAUUUCGGCGGUGGUUCCUCAAGAGAAUGGAGAAACGUAAUCUGCAGGCUCUGGAGGAUCAUUUGUCGUGCGAGACCUCUCUCAAUCUCGGAAUCUAUGCUGCGAAUGCAAUGACCGUAGAUGAGGAUGAUGAUGUGCAGAUUCACAUUCCAAACCCAAGAAUCGUCACAAUGGGCAUGAGAACCCAAUGGCGCCUUCCGUGUUCGCUGCUCUCGCUGCUCGACCAUUGGAAAGCAGAGACGCAACAUGACGAAGCCCAGACUCAAGAUGACACUGCCGAGGACUCAGACGAAGAAGAAGAGGAUCUUCUGCCGCUUGAGAUUGACAUGGGCUUGAACGGCCACAUCACUUACCCGCCUACAAAUGUCACAAUAGUUGGCGACGACAACUCCCAACAAGUCAUUCAGAUGCCUGGCCGGGCGGUUUUUAAUGCUAGAGAGCUCGAGCUUGGAGCUACGUUGACACCCAAUUUCGUGGGCCUGUUCGGUACUCGGCCGGCAUGGAACAGAUUCCCUCUCUCGAUCCUGACCAGCUCGGAGGUCUCUGUAUCUGCGCUUCUUUUCCCAGCACCGGCCCUCAACACUACCCUUACCCGAACAUUUGCACCGAUUCCUGGCACCAAGCCGUUCCAUAUGGUCCUCACUAGUACCAUCAACCGAUCCCUUGGCGCAUCUCCCCCUUCAUUUCAGCUACAAUUGUCGAGGUCACUUGCCCACCGAAAGGUUGGGGCUGUUACUUGGAACACUGGGCCCUGGCAGUGGCCCGAGUUCCUGACACGGUCUGUCCCAUCAAUGUUCGGGAUGUCUAUGACGGACUAUCUUGCCGCUUAUACGUCCGGAAGUAGCUCUUUACAACUCGCCCUGAUUUCCUACGCCGAGGCGCCGACCAGAUUAGAACAUGCCGGGAACAGCCACGAAUCCGAUGCGCCUCGUAGCCCCGCAUCCAAGAAUGAUGAUGUCGCGGAAGCAUGGCAGACUUUCAUUACGGCUGCCCCGCAAGCAGUCAGCUUUGGCAUGAGCUACUCGCGGAACGUGUUCACAGGUUUCUCAACUAAGGACUUGGAGAAGGCCCAAUGGAACUAUGAAGGCUAUUCUCCCAUGCCGAUGACUGACGAGCAGCGCCCAAUCCGGAUCGAAUUGACAUGUGUGUACAAUCUUGGAGGCGGUGUUGCCUGGAACGUGGAGGGUAGUCGCCAAGUCGGAGAACAUUCCAAAAUCGGGAUUGGCGCUGGAAUCAUGGCUGGUCAUGUUAAUCUGACCAUUUCCUGGAGCCGACUUACUCAGAAGCUCAAGAUUCCCGUCAUCAUUCUGCCUAUUGCUCACCACGGCGCUGCCAGUUUGGCGACUCUCUUUCCCUGGCUAUCUUACUGUGCGCUUGAGUUUGGCUACAUUCGUCCCCGUGACCGAAAGAGACGCCGUGAAGCAAAUGCCCGUCGCCACAAAGAACUCAAGGGCGUCAUCCCCCAGAAGCGCCAAGAAAGCGAGAAGGCCAUUGAGAUGAUGGCCGAGGGAGUCAUUCGACGACAAGAGCGCGAAGCAGCUCUUCCUGAUGGCUUGGUGGUUGCCAAGGCGGAAUACGGCUACUAUCCUCCCACGAACAAGAAGCCAAAGGCCGGAUUCACAGAGCCGCGGGUUACCGAUGUUACUAUCCCCGUUGCUUCCCUCGUGGACCGGAGCCAGCUGGUGAUCCCUGGCAAUCAAACCAAGUUCAACAUCCGGGGCUUCUAUGACCCUGCACCACUUUUGCCCAAGCGUCUCAAGAUCUGGUACAAGUUUCAGGGAUUCGACCACUUCGUGGAACUUCGUGACAAGGAGGGCACUGCCUGCCCACUACGUGCUCACAUGAUCUCCGAGUGA